CAUGGGUGCUCUUCAUCAUUUCAAACCAAUCUCCAGUUGCACCUCCGAGGGGCGCUCCGACCAAAUGGUGGCCGCAGAUCUUGAUGGCACCCUUCUCGUGUCUCAAAACUCUUUCCCUUACUUCAUGCUUGUUGCCUUAGAAGCUGGCAGCCUUCUGAGGGGACUUGUUCUUUUGGCUUCAGCCCCAUUUGUAUGCUUGACAUACCUUUUCUUAUCUGAAUCAUCGGCCUCCCAGAUCAUUUUCUUCAUCACCUUCGCGGGGUUGAAGUUAAGAGACAUCGAACUGGUGUCGAGGUCUGUGCUGCCAAAGUUUUACGCUGAGGAUGUCAACCCAGAGAGUUGGAGAGUGUUUAGUUCCUUUGGCAAACGAUACAUCGUAACUGCGAAUCCAAGAAUUACGGUAGAGCCAUUUGCAAAGGCCUAUCUAGGAGCUGACAAGGUUCUAGGGACAGAGCUCCAGGUCUCCAAGUCUGGAAGGGCAACUGGGUUCGUCAAGAAACCAGGUGUUCUUCUUGCACAACACAAGAGAGCUGCCGUUGAACAAGAAUUCGGCAAGAAUUUCCCGGAUGUCGGCUUGGGCGACAGAGAAUCCGACCACGAUUUCUUGUCCGUAUGCAAGGAAGGAUACAUGGUACCAAGGACCAAGUGCAUUAAUCCAUUGCCCAGAAACAAACUUCUAAGCCCGGUCAUUUUUCACGAGGGGCGAUUUGUUCAGAGGCCGACCCCUCUGGUUGCCCUCCUGACCUUCUUAUGGAUGCCAAUUGGCUUUAUACUCUCCAUCCUCAGGGUCUACCUGAAUCUUCCCUUGCCGGAAAGGUAUGCUCGAUAUAUGUACGCAAUCCUGGGAAUCAAGCUAAUUGUGAAGGGUAAACCUCCUCCACCACCCACAAAAGGCCAGAGCGGGGUCCUGUUUGUCUGCAACCACAGGACUGUGCUUGACCCCGUUGUCACUGCUGUGGCCUUGGGCAGAAAGAUAAGCUGUGUCACAUACAGUAUAAGCAAAUUCACGGAACUCAUCUCCCCAAUUAAAGCUGUGGCCUUGUCAAGGGAACGAGAGAAAGAUGCAGCCAACAUCAAGCGAUUGCUGGAAGAAGGGGACUUGGUGAUCUGCCCGGAGGGAACCACUUGCAGAGAACCAUUCCUAUUGAGGUUCAGUGCACUGUUCGCAGAGCUUACCGACAGGAUCGUUCCAGUGGCCAUCAAUACCAAGCAAAGCAUGUUCUAUGGAACCACGGCACGGGGGUUCAAGCUUAUGGACCCUUAUUUCGUGUUCAUGAACCCCAGGCCAACUUAUGAGAUAACCUUCUUAAACCAACUGCCUACAGAGCUUACAUGCAAAGGAGGCAAUAAGUCUGCAAUCGAAGUUGCUAACUAUAUCCAAAGGGUGCUAUCUGGGACCUUAGGUUUCGAGUGCACAGGCUUCACAAGGAAGGACAAGUACGAGAUGCUGGCCGGAAAUGACGGCCGUGUCCCGUCCAAGAAAGAGAAAGACCAGAAAGCCUUACAUGAUUAAAUUAAGAAAUGCAGGAGAUCUAUAUUAUUUAAU